UUUUCGUUUCUUUUUUUCUCUGUUGACGCCUUUGACAGCCAAUUGGCUUAAGCUUCUGCAAUAUAUAAAUGAAUCGGGAAUUAGUGGAAAACAUCCUGACCGUGCUUAAGACUUCUACGGACAAGAGAGUGGUCAUCAAGGGUCUUGUGAAGUUGCGUACAGAUGUAGUGAAGGACCAAGACGGUAUCGUACUUUUCCGGCUAGCUGGUGGGGUACCACCCAUGGUGCGCUUCCUCAAUAAGCCACACGAAAACAUUUUGGAGGUAGCCUUGAGUAUUCUGGGAAACUGUUGUACAGAUGAAGAAAGCUGCAAAGAGGCACUACAGUAUAAGGUGGCUUUUGCACUGACUACAAUUUUGAAGUCAAUUCCUAAUCCUGUUAUACAGUGUCGCGCCUGUCGAUUGCUGGGAAAUCUUGCGAAAGGAUUUGCCAGCCAAUUGCUUACUGCACACUGUCCUGCCAUUGCCCAGGCUGUCUGUCAAAUAAUUACCGAAACGAGCGAUGUGAAUACCCGGCUCAUGGCUUUUCGGGCCUGUAGAUUUUUGCUACCCAGUCAACAAUUCACACAACAUUUCCUCGCUGCAAAUGGUUUCGUAAUGAUGGUACGCAUUUUAACUGCCGUCAUGAAGACAGACGCUCCACGAACACCACAAGAAGAACUGUUCAAGAAUGGAAGUGGAAGAGCACCUGUCGUUGGCCUAAAGAACAGCCAGCAUCGUGAAAAAUAUUUUGAAGAGGUAGCACGUAAUCUGGAAGGUGUACGUAGUGAUAUAUUCGAUCACGAAUUGUUGAAAAACCAACCACGCUCUUUGGGUGACUACGCUAUGCCAGAGGAGCGUGCAGCCUUGGAUUUGGCCGGUGAAAUUUUUAAAUGCUUGCUCGUAUUGGCUGAGCUUCCAAUUGGACCAUCUGCUUGGAAGGCGCUAAGCAGCAGUAAUUGCACUUUUGCGGCAAUAACGUUCUUCAUUACAGAAGAAAAUCCACAACGUGGAGUAGCCUUGAAAAUCAUUUCAAACUUCUCAAAGCAAUUGGAUUCAUUUCACAUGCUGAGUUCCGCAGAUGCAGUGUUGGCCGCCUGUGAAUUACUCGUUGCCGAAAAUAUGACAAGACCAUUAACUGAAAGUGAAAAACGACAUUGUAUUCACAUUAUUUGUAUGCUAUCUCCAGAUGCCUGCAAUCGUGCCAAAAUAAGACGCUCGGGCGCGUUAAGAAAGCUCAUUGCAAUGGUUCGUGAUUCACAGUCAAAUACGGAAAAGUCUCAGAUCUUAUAUUUAUUAAACAAUUUUCAAUAUGAUAACAUGAGCAUGGAUUUGAUGCUUAGAGAAGGUCUGGUACCAGUAAUUAUAGGCGAACUCAACACCUUCUUGACAAGCGAUGAGGAAUAUUAUAAGAGGAAACGCGAAGAAAAACAGCAAAAUUCCAAGAAACGGAAGCUACCGACAGAAGUUUGUGUGGAAUCCAAAAGCAAGAUGAUUAAAGUGCAAGAUAAGGCAUUCCUUAUUGAUUGCGAGUCUCCAAGCAGUUCACCCCGUUCAUAUAACACACCCUCAAGUCCUUGCAGCUCCCGGAGCAUGUCGCCAGUUGGCAACAAUUUGUUUAAACUAGAAGAGGAUGCUUCUGAUGAUGAAACGUAUUCACCCGUUUGCAGUGAUGAGGAGGAUGAUGAGGAUGGCCCCACUGAGACAAAUAACGAAGCAAAUCCAGCCAAUGUUGAUACCGCUGAUGAAUCUAGCUUCCUUCUUCGUCAAAGUGCAAACAAUAGCACUGCCGAUAAUUCGGAGAUAAUGAGACUACUAGACAUUGCCUGCCAAUCCAAUGAGACAAUCGAAGACAAUUUACUUGAUAAAGAAGAAGACGAUGAACAGAGUCAAGAUGUGCCAUACCAAAAACUACCACAGCUGGGUAAUAUGCCUCGCAGUACUCUGGAUCACUUGGAAAAUCUACUUUUCCGCGUUACCCUGCUCAUCAACAAACGAGGCGAGCUGGGAAAAUCUGAAACUAUGACUGCGCUUAUCAAGGCCAUAAAUACAUUUGGCACAAACAACAACUUCGCAAGCUCAUUAACAAACAUCUUACAGGAGAGUCAGUUUUUCGCUCAGGUGAUUCGCAGUGGCAUAGCGCAUCAGCUCUAUCAAUUGACGAAAAGCGAAGAGAUAAACAAGGAUGGUUUUAGUUUUUUAGUUACCCUCACCUGCGUCGGCGAAUCCAACUAUGGUAAGGCGGAACUGGCACGAUUUCUUCGCAGUGGUGAUGAAUACGCUCAAAAACGUGCCGCAAUCACUGUAGCCUACAUCAUUAAAAGUCAACGUUUAUUAUAUCAGUUCCUUAAUGAUGGAAAUGCGCUCAGCUUGCUGUUACAAAUAAUUUUGAGCGAAAAAAGUGACGAAUUCACAGCAGAAGCAGUCGAUGCUUUAACAGCAAUGUCUAAGUAUACACUUGGCAUUUCAGUACCUCGCGUCAGUGAAAUGCGCAACGGCGAGCGAUAUGAAGAAUUCGUUGAUAAUGAAUCAAAACCACUACACGAAACUUGUGAUAUGCGUUUUGUAGUGCAUACAAAAGACGCCACGACAGGUGCUAGCGAUGAUCCGCUCAUUGCGGCCACUGACAAUGUGGAGCAAGUAGUCGAAUUUAGUAAGGAUCUGCUGUGCAAUACAAGUGAGGUAUUCAACACUAUGUUAAAUAGUGAUUUCAAAGAACGUAAUGAAGGCGAAAUACAUUUACGUACUUGCUCAGUAAGUGGCUUACGUUACUUUCUCAACUUGAUUGUGCGACGGUCGCAAAAACUAAAGUACAAUAUUCCAAAUGUACGUAAUUAUCAAGCUAUACUUGAAGCUUUCGAAAUGGCGCGAGUCUACAUAAUUAGCGAAAUGGAGACAUUCUUACAACAAAUGCUUAUCGGGAUGCUGGAUGACUCAAAUUGUUUAACUGUACUUGAAUGGUCACUUCGGAAUUACCACGCAGAACUAACCGAAACUGUUAUCAAUUACUAUUUGUGCUCAACUCUAACGACGGAAGCCAAAAUAAAGUUAUUUCACACUGCUGAUUACUCCGAGUAUUCCACAGAAUGGUUUCAAAUGAUCAUCGACGCUAUAUUCACCCGCUGCCGAAAUGGAUUUUAAAUAGUUCAGUUUUAAUAUUUUAAUUAACCGUAUCAAUGCUUAAUGUUAUAAGUUAUUUUGAAGUGUGUGGGCAAAUAUAUAGGAAUUGCAUAAUUUUGCAAGCUAAUGCAAUGUCCGCUAUCACAAUGUGACAUACAUAGUUAUUUUAAAUUAAAGGAUUUUACUAAACAUGUGCAUUAUGUAUAUUGUGAAAUGUUCAUUCGUAUGUUUUUUAAGCUUAGUUAUUUAUAUAGAACUAUUUAAUUUCGUGUGCAUUUGAAAAUGUAGACGAAUGGUACCAUUGAAAUUACUUAAUAAAAUGAUGAGUUAAACUAGGAUGCAUGGACAUUUCGGUUUUAAAACGUACUUACAGCCCUAUUCCCAUGCCAAAGACAAAACUCAACGGCUGACUAUUGUAUUUACUACUGCGCCUAAUACUAUGCUGCAAAUUUAUGUUAAGCUCUCUAAUGGUGACAAUUGUCUCUCAAUCAGUCUCUUUUAUUUCUAAACUAUAAUUGAUGGGAAUGUAAAAUAUGCGCAACCACGGUUAAAAGCCGGAUUCGAACUUAGUUGUGUAAAUAAGACAUUUCCAUCAAUUAUAAAUUAGAACUAAAAAAGACGGAUGCUUUGGCUUGAUGCAUUACUCAACGCCCGCUAUAUUGUGUUUCAGGCGCAGUAAUUGUGACAAUAGUCAUAUGAUGAGUUUUGUCAAUGCUGUGGGUUUGAGCGGUUAAAAUGGUCAAUGUCUCACUUGGUUUUCCAAUUAGUUUAAGUUCCAUGGGAAAUGGUCUAUCGAUAUUAAUCGACAGGUCUCUCAAAUUAAGAGAAUAUAAAUAUGUGUGUAGGUGCUGGUAUUACAUAUGUAUACAAACGCGGUAACACAAAAUUGAACCUGAAUUUAGAUAAAUACCCAGCAUUUAGUCCUUCUGUCCCCCGGCAAAUGUCCUCAGUCGCCUUACUAAGUUUAGCGGCCUUAUACCAACUUUUAUUCCAAUUGCUCAUGUUAAUCAGGGCUUAUUCAGUUAUUUUACUUGCAAGCUAUAGCAAUCAGUAUCUAAAAUUUAGAACAGAUUUCAACUGAACAAAAUGAAAAUUUACAUCGAAAAAUUUUAAAUGUCACGUUCCAACGACAGCCGAGACUUCGUAACCGGUCCGACUCAGAUUUAUACAACUCUUUUGGAAAUUUCUAUGCUGUUACAGCAGCAACAAAUUUUAAAUCAGUAAUUCCUAAGCAUUAUUAAGCACAUGUGUUGUGUAAACGCCACUUUGGUCUACACUAGAGAUGGGCACGGGCCUAAAUUUUCAGGCCCGGCCCGGCACGAGUGCAAAAUCAACUUUCAAAAACACGCACAAGCCCGCACGUUAAGAAUUUUAGUGGGGCCCCGCCCGGCACGACGAGACACGCCCCAGCCCGGAAAUGAAGAGCCAACUUUUAUUGCAUGUAUACAUAUGUACAUAUUUUUAAUUUUGUGUUUAUGUCCAUAUGUAUAUUU